UUUUGUCUGUUUCUCUUCCUUCUUCUUCUGGUUAUUUGAGUUUUUGAGUCAAUUCUUUCAUUUGGGUACCUGGAACCUUCCAUUUAUACACCCGUCUUCCCUCCUUUUCGUCGUUUUUCUUUCUGGGUCUCUCUGUUUCUGAGCUUUUCUUGAUGCAAAAACCUUCUACUCAACAACCUUCACUCUUGUUUAUUCAAUGCCGAGUCCACCGGAUUCUCAAUUUCAAUGAUUCGUUCGAGAUUUGACUGUGGGCCGACAAAGUUCGAGCGUAGAAAUAUGUAGCCAUUCAAUCCUUGUUGGAAAUUUUGCUCUACAAAUGGGGAAGAACUCGAAAGAACCCAGCGUUAAGGUUAUCAUCCUUUUGCUAUUGGUAAUCUCAUUACACCAUUCUUCCGAUGCUAAAUGCCAGGGAAGAACAACCCAGCACCUCGCUUCCUCAGGGCCAUUUCCAACAUCAUCAACAUCACCAACGCCAAUAAUCGCUCCGCCGUUUAAAAAUGGCGUUCGAAGAAUCAUCCUCAGCGUGCUGUUGGGCGUAGCAACAGGGUUAAUGGGUGCCCUUCUUUUCGCUUGUUUAAUCCGCAGCUUCGUCAGAUACCUUAACAAAACCCCAAUUCUGAAAGGCCCUGUUAUAUUCUCCCCCAUUAUCCACCCCAAAACACUCCAUCUCGCCCUCAGAAACGAAAAUCAGCUUCUGGGUUCCAACCCUCAUGGAAAGUACUACAGGACAGUUCUGGACAAUGGGCUGACCAUAGCCGUAAAGCGGCUCGAGGGGUUCACGAACACGGCAGCGAGGAAGUCGGAGAAGAGGCAGUCACAGCAGCAGCUAGAGAGGCUAGCUAGGUUGAGGCAUAGGAAUUUGAUGAGCUUAAGGGCUUAUGUUGGGGAAGGGGAAGGGGUGUGGUUGGUUUAUGAUUAUGUGGGAACAGGGAGCCUUGAGGAUGUGAUGAAAAGAGUUAGAGAUAAUGAGGUGAGGUUGGGUUGGGAAGUGAGGCUUGGAAUUGCUGUUGGGGUUAUAAAAGGGCUUCAGUAUCUUCACUUUGAGUGUGAUCCUCACAUUCUUCACUACAGUUUGAAGCCUUCCAAUGUGAUGUUGGAUGCUGAGUUUGAACCCAGGUUGGGUGAUUGCGGCUUGGCUAAGCUAUUCUCCAAGUUGGAUAUGGCUGCUACCUCUGCCUAUACCUCCCCUGAGUGCUUCCACGACUGCAGUUUUGACAGGUACAGCGACAAGAGCGACAUCUUCAGCUUCGGGAUGAUACUGGCUGUCCUACUAACAGGCAGAGAUCCAGCAGAUGCAUUCUUCAGAGAAGCAGGGAGUGGAGGGAGCUUAGGACAGUGGCUACAACAGUUGCAGCUGGCGGGGGAGGCUCGAGAAGCACUGGACAAGAGUAUCACAGGAGAAGAAGGGGAAGAAGAUGAAAUGGUAAUGGCAGUGAGGAUAGCUGUAGUGUGCUUAUCAGAUGAGCCAGCGGACAGACCUUCAAGUGAUGAGUUGGUACACAUGCUAACCCAAUUGCACAGCUUCUAAAAACAAAUCCAUUUCAUUAGGUGUUUAUCUUUGUUACUUAAUUUCAAUCAUUAAAAGAAGAAGAAGAAGAAGAAGAAGAAGCUUAUUACUGUAAGGAGGUGUUGACCUGUCCUGUCUUGUUGAUGAUGUAAAAGAAAGAAGCUUUUGUCCAAAGUAAAUUCCAUUUUCAGAGUAUGGUUGU